UUGACGCAUACUGUGUGGAAUUUAUAAUUUCCUUAAUGAGGGAUGGGGCCUAACUUGAGUUUUAAUCCUAAUGCGCCGCCACUAACCAAACGAACCUGUUGGUGUCGCAGGGAUGUGGCGGAAGCUUCUUUUCCUCCUCGUCCUUGUGCUGUUUUCCGGUGUCUCGCCGCUACUCUCCUCUUCCGAAUCCUAUUCGGACGCCUGCGACGCCCGAUCCCUUCCAGAUCCGCUCACUCUCCGCCCAGAUCGACUUACCGUCCUCAUCAACGGCUACUCCGAAGCCCGCCUUCCUCUCCUCAACACCCUCGCAGCCUCCUACGCUGCCCACCCGCUGGUCGAUGCCGUCCUCGUCCUUUGGGGCGACCCCUCCACCCCCGCCGCCACCCUGGCCUCCCUCUCCUCCCAAGGCGAUGGAUCCGCCUCCGUCUUUGUCGUCCGCAAUCCCUCAACCUCCCUGAACGCCCGCUUCCUUCCCCGGGCAGCCAUCCGCACCCGCGCCGUGGCCGUCUGUGACGACGAUGUGGAGAUCGACUCCCGGACCCUGUCCUUUGCCUUUUCUGUUUGGGGCUCCCGGGGCGGAGUCGCCCUAGUCGGCCUCUUCGCGCGCUCCCACGAUCUGGAUCUGGAGAGGCGGCGCUGGAUCUACGCCGUGCACCCGGACCGCUACUCCAUCGUGCUCACCAAGUUCAUGAUCCUGAGCGUGGACUACCUCCGGCAGUACAGCUGCUGGGGCAGGCUGAGCGAGGCACGGCGGCUGGUGGACCGGGAGAGGAACUGCGAGGACAUCCUCAUGAACUUUGUGGCGGCGAAGGCGAGCGGCGUCGGGCCGGUGCUGGUAGGCGGAAGGGUGCGCGACUGGGGCGAUCCACGGAACAACGGAAGCGGCGGCGGGGCGGAGGUGGCGAUCGGGCGGAUGGGGCUGAGCGCAAGGCACGGGCACCGGAAGAAGAGGGGGGACUGCAUCACCGAGUUCCACCGGAUGCUGGGCGAAAUGCCGUUGAAGUACAGCUACGGGAAGGUGGUCGAUGGCGUCGGGGAGCAGGGAUUAUGUGAAAAGGGCGGAAAGCUCGUCCUCUGUGAUCGCCAAGACUAGGUUUAACUAGUGCAUCUGGUCAGAGAAUUGUUAAACUCACUCCAAAAGAAAUUAUUGGAGAAGAAAUUAAAAAAAAAUAUAGGAGAAAAUAAUAUGAAACGGGGAAAGAAUCUCUAUAUGGAAGAGAAGGACAAUAAAAUAAAAUUCAACUUACUUUAUUUAUGAAAAAUAAUACAUAUUUAUAGAUUUAUUGGAUAA